AUGGUUCAAAUACAACCUCCAUCACUGAAAUCAAUGCCCAGGCACUUAAUGGGCGAUGCCGUGAGUAAUUUAUCAGUGAAAGAGCUAAAGCAGCUGGAGAAUAGGCUUGAAAGAGGCAUUACUAGAAUCAGGUCAAAGAAGGAGAUUGAGCUGGAAAAUGAAAGUGUCUGUCUUAGGACCAAGGUAUUGAAGAAAACUAAAUCCUCUUAUGCUUGA